AUGCGGCAUGGUGUCUGCUGCCGCAAUGUCUUUGAUCCCGCUUUUAUGCGCCGAGUGAAGCGGACACUGGCGUCAUACAAGGAAGCCAUGGACCACUCCGCAAGGAAGGGCGUGUCUCGCGAGGCAUUUGUUGACAUUGGCGAGAAGGGCCCGGCGUGGUACCUGGGGCACAUGCAACUUGCCUCGCAGUCCUUGACCGAGAAGGUGAAGGACGCGGAUUUCGUGCUGGAAAUACGGGAUGCACGACUGCCGUUUUCGACGGAAAACCCCAACCUGCGGAAGAUCAUCUCCGGCCGGCCGAGGCUCAUUGUCUUCAACAAGGCAGAGAUGUCUAAUGAAGAUUGCAACCGCACCAUACAACAGUACUACGAGAAGACGGGCAGCUUUGCUCUCUUCACGAGCGCUAAGAGAAGUUGGCGGGACACGGUUGAGGCCGUGCAGCGAUUUGUGACACACAUUUUACCCGCGCAACAAUUUAAGACGACCGCGCAUGUUGGACUUGUGGUUGGGAUGCCCAACGUCGGCAAGUCAACCCUCAUCAACUCCUUACGAUUGGCACAUGAAUAUCAGUUCCAUCGCGAGGAUUUUAGGCGUCCCCGUACGCCGGAAGCUGUGAGUAUUUCUCCCGGCACGACGAAAGGUGUGAAGCUCGUUCCGGUGUGUCGUGAUCCUAAUAUUGUCCUCUACGACUCCCCUGGUCUUACUCUUCCGGGGUGUUUUUCAAAGGAGUCGGGGUUAAAGUUGGCUGCGUGUGGGAUUAUACCCACGAAUGACAUCACACUUCCUCGUAGUGUUGUGGCCCGCUACAUUUACGACGUCCUAACAGCCGCAGGUAUUGCGGAGCACAUGGCAGAGUGUUUGCACCUCCCACGCGCCCCAAUCAGCUUUGACGACUGCAUUGCAAUGAUCUGUGAGCGCAGCGGCACCAGUGGGCAAACUGAUUUGGGCAAUAUAGACCCUGUACGGGCGCAGAUGUUUUUGAUACACGAUUUCCAGAUGGGAAAUAUGGGGCGUAUUACGUUGGACCGCCUGCCCAAUAAAGUGCGGCGACAGGUAGCGAUGCACGAGCACUGCCAACUGGGUGACGGCAGGGACGCGAAAACGCAAAGUAGUGCCGAAAAUAAUGAGUUUAUCUGGACCCACCACGUGAAGGCCUCAGACGUGGUGGCGCGCUACUCGGAAGACAUGCGCGAGGUCAUGGAGGAGCUGCAAGGGGGAGUGUCGACGCAGGACGUGGCCUUUCAUUCACGUCCACGGAGCGACAGCACCGUCAUCAGUCGCAGGAAAGGGCCCAUCAGUCGGGUAAGUGUGCAUGACGAGAGUUUUCGACGAAACACCCGCAUUGCUCCAGGGCGCUAA